AAGAAAAUUCAAAGGAAAAACAUUGCCGAAAGCGAUUCUGUCAUACAAGUCUACAAAGCUACCAAGAAUUUACUUGAUAGCUGUCCAUUACAAACAUAAAAACUUGAGAAAAGAAAUUUAACAAUGGCCAAAUUGAUGAAUUUGUUGAUGUUUAUCAUCAUCAUCUUGAUCAGUUUAUUGUUGAGCCCUUGUCUAUGUUGUCCUCAGUAUCAGAGAGAAGCUCUGCUUCAAUUCAAAGCUUCACUAGUGGGGAACAGUACUACUUCCUCCGCUUUCACCUUCCUACCGUCGUGGAACUCCUCAGACACUUCCGGUUGCUGUCACUGGGAAAGAGUUGGCUGCGAUUCACAACAGGUGAUCAUCACUCAUCUUCAACUUGAUAAUAUUACUUUAGCGGCUUCCGAAUCUAUUAUAACAUCUGAUAUAUUAUCUCCACUUUUUCACUUGAAAACACUCACCUCUCUUAUCAUUUCUGACAAUGAUAUGCACGGUGAAAUCCCGGGAGCUGGAUUCGCCAAUCUGACUAACCUGGUCACACUUUAUAUGGAUGAUAAUAGUUUCACAGGUUUCAUUCCUCCUCAAUUGUUUUCUCUGAGGAAUUUGGAAACCCUAAACCUCACUAAUAAUCUGCUCCACGGAACAUUAAAUAUCCAAGCUGUUUCAAAAUUAAGGUCGCUCAGCUUGAGUUUUAACUUACUCCAAGGAAAUCCUGUAACGCUCGGAAACCUCACAAGUUUGGAAAAACUCACACUUCGAGACAACAAGUUUUCUGGAGUAAUUCCAUCAUCGCUGUUUGGUUUGAAAGAAUUGAACUAUUUGGAUUUAAGACAGAAUUCUUUUUCUAUGGAGAUACCCAUGGAGAUUGGUAAUUUGUCCAAGAUGAUAGUUCUUCUACUGGGACAGAACAAUUUUCUGGGUAACAUUCCCGAAUCAAUUCAAAAUAUGGAACACCUAACAGUACUUGAUUUACAAGAUAAUUUUUUGUCCGGUGAUAUCCCGACAUGGCUGUUUGAUUUCAACAGCAUAACAGAUUUGCAUCUCGGGGGAAACAGACUUUCUUUGGGUAACAAGACUAUUCUACCAAGGAGCAGCAACUCGUUGUCCGAAUUAUCUUUGAGAUCUUGCAAUCUUUCAGGCGAAAUACCCAUUUGGAUUGCGAAUCUGACCAGACUUUAUUUCUUGGACUUGAGUAAAAACAACCUCACAGGAAGUUUUCCUCAUUGGCUAGCUGAUCAACACUUGAAUUAUUUGAUUUUAUCAGCUAAUAAGUUUUCAGGCUCUUUGCCUCCUCGAUUGUUUCAAUCCCAGAGGUUAUCCGUGCUUGUGGUUUCGAACAAUAAUUUCUCAGGAUUACUACCAGAUACUAUUGGUGAAGCUGUGGAAUUGAGAGUGCUAAUGUUGUCUGGUAAUGCUUUCUCCGGUGCAAUACCCAAAUCCAUCUCAGCUUUGUCAUACCUUGUGUUACUGGACUUGUCGAGCAACAACUUUUCAAGCAAUGAGUUUCCAAUCUUUAAUCAAACUUCACCUUUGGCUUACAUUGAUCUUUCUUCCAAUAAUCUCUCCGGUGAAGUUCCUGUAACAUUUCCAUUGAAUGUAAAACUGCUUCAAUUAAGCCGAAACCAUUUUUCCGGUUUCUUGCCUCAGAAGCUUUCAAGUUUCAGGCAGCUCCAAUACCUCGAUCUCCAUGACAAUAACAUCACCGGGGUAAUAUCUGAGUUUGUAUGUCAUCUCUCAUCACUCCAAAUUUUGAGUCUUAGAAGUAAUUCUUUCAAAGGCUCUAUUCCGAUGAAUCUGUGGAAUCUUAGUGCUCUGCAAAUACUCGAUCUUUCUGGUAAUAACCUUAGUGGGAAAAUUCCGAAUAGUUUAGGUAAUCUCACCGGGAUGAUUGAUGAACACGAGGAUGCUUCUUCUUGUAUCAUUACUGAUUCCGGGCUCCCUUCACUUUUCUCAAUGGAAAAUAAUUACUUGAAGGAGUUAGAAGUCUCCUGGAAGAACACUAAGUUGGGUCUUCAAUGCCGAAAUCUUAAGUGGUAUACUUUUUUCGAUCUAUCAAACAACAGAUUGUCAGGUGAAAUUCCUGAUAGUUUUGGCGGUUUGAAAGGCUUGAAGUCACUAAAUUUAUCUACUAACAAACUCUCUGGAAAUAUACCGAUGAAUUUUGGUUAUAUGCAAAGUUUGGAGAGCCUGGAUUUAUCCCAUAACGACAUCUCUGGAGAAAUUCCUGAGACAUUGGCGAAGUUAUUAGAGCUUACUUACUUGGAUUUGAGCAACAACAAAUAA